GGCGUGAGAACUGUCAAAUCUUCUUCGGUAUUUAUUAAGCUAGCCAACCAUCUGGUGUUUUGCCCAUCUAGUAGCAUAGCAUUUACUUUUGUCAAUUGAUUUUUAAAAAGAACAGAAUAAAUUUUAACACUUUAGCGUAAAAAAGACAAAACCUUUGUAUUGUUCAGUGUUUUAAGAUUGAAAACUUAACAUCAUUCCUAUUUGACAAUCAAUUUCCGUUGUCCAAGUCAAAAUUAAUCAACUGAUAAGAACCUUGAUUAGCUAAAAGAAUAGUCUAAAUUAAGCAAUAAUGACUGCUGAUUUAGAGCUCGUUAAAAAACACAUCGGCGAGUAUCCCGAUUUUCCGAAAAAGGGCAUCCUCUUCAAAGACAUUUUCACCGCCCUUCGAAGUGGCCCGGUUUGUCAAGCCGUGAAGCGACUGCUCGUGGAGCAUGUCCGCCGCACCUGCCCCGAUGUCGAGGUGAUAGUAGGCCUUGAGGCGCGUGGCUUUCUGUUCAGCCUGCUGAUUGCCGCCGAGCUGGGCGUCGCCUGUGUGCCGAUUCGCAAGAAGGGCAAACUGCCGGGCGAGUGCGUUCGGCACGAGUAUCAGCUGGAAUAUGGAACUGACACCUUCGAGAUCCAAAAGGGAAGCAUUGCUACCGGACAGAAAGUGUUAAUUGUUGACGAUUUGCUGGCAACCGGAGGCACUAUGGACGCAGCCAAUAAUCUGGUCCAGCAAGUUGGAGGGAUCGUCGUGCAGGAUGUCGUUAUCAUGGAGCUGAGCACGUUGGGUGGGCGCAAGAAGCUGGAAGCGGCCGGCUUUAAAAUACAUUCCUUUUUACAAUACGAUGACGUUGAAUAGUUAAAUGUUUUUGUUCAAAGGAUUUCAACUUAUAGUUUGCUACAGCAUUUCCAAAAAGUUGAUUUGAUUUGCAGCUGAGCACAAUUUAAGACAAUUUAUUGUUAUAUCGGAGUACAACUAAAAGACGGGAAAUAAAGUUAUGUUUUUAAAUGCUGACUAAA